UAUAAGACAGGGGGACAAUGUUCGUCGAAGUAGUGAAAGUGUUAAAAUAAUUCAGAGGCGACGUACACGUCAACGACAAUGCAUUAGUCAAAUAAAUAUUUGGAAUACGAUUUGUAUACGUGUCUAUUAACGUUCCAAUUAAGAAUGCAGUGUAGACACAGUGUGGUUCCAGGAGUCACCUUGUUUCUGUUCUAUGGAUUGUGUUCGGUGGCUGCACUUUCUCCUCUCACUUAUCCUUACAGACGCUACGAUGCAGACGGCGGAGGUUGCGAUUUUAAAUCACUUCCUGCGAUGGUGGACUGGUGUGACAAUUCGCUUAACAAACGCGGACUUUUACCCGAAAAUACUAAGUGCCAGUCUUUAGAAACACAGGAAUUAAAAAUAGUUUGCAGACGACGGCGAUGGAUUCUUUCAGACGACGCCGAGAUUGUCCGCCAUAAGAGGUCCCUGUCGGCAGCUUACAGGGCAAGGUUCAACAAAACGUGUCUGUUUUUGUGUCCGUCCGACGAUACUGCCCCAGACGAGUCACCACCGCAUUUCCUGUCCUGCCCAGCCUCGGUAAUUCUCUAUCCAGAAGAAGGCAGUACAAUUGUGACGUAUGAUUGGCAGGUGCCCGAAGCCACGUCAACACAUAAAAAUAUAACCAGCUUUGAGCAGAUUUUGGGCCAGAACAGCAGCACGGACUUGGCAUCGUCGAUUUCGCCCGGAACCAACCACUUAGUGACGUAUGUGACCUGGGAUGACGACAACAUGAACUGGACGUGCUCCUUUACAAUCACCGCUGAAAUUCCGACAUGUCCGCCGCUGGUUCACCUGAAGAACGGGCGUACUAACUGUACAGAUGAUAACCGGCGUGCCAGCACGUGCGAGUUCCUCUGUAACCAUGGAUACCAAUUGAACGGCACAGUUCACACCCAAUGUCUUCAUAAUGGCACUUGGUCUGAUAUGGAGCUGGCGUCACAAUGCCUUCCGCGUGUGUGUGACGAUGAUGUCAGCAGCCUGCUCGUUAACCCGCGCCUGAAGGCCGACUGUGGGAACGCCAGUCACGAGUUCGGGGUCGUCUGCUGGCUGAGCUGUGCUGAUAAGUUCCGUCUGAGAAACGACCCACUAGAGGCGCAGAUCCUUGACCAGCUGAACUAUGACGUCACCAACGCAACGGCCCAGUAUGAAAUUUCAAGACAAAAUGCGGAUAUUGUGCUUGAACAGGCCAAUAGAGCGGCCACCAAUCUGACUUUGCGUGAGAAAGAAAUAGAGCGGGCUGUAAACGAGAGCGAAGCGGCGCAGUCCGAACUGCAGGUGGUGCUAGCGAACCUAGAGCAGACGGUCCACAUUGUGAACAACACGCAGGAGCUGCUGCAUGAAUUGAAUAACAACCUCACUACUGCGGCAGAGGAAAAGAUCCACAACCUUACUGGUAUUCUUGCGGAGUAUAAUAAUGCGCUUGAAACAAUUCAAGAAUCUGUCUACAAUUUGACGGUGGCUUAUAAUUGGACAUUGGAUUAUCUUACAAUCAAACAGGAAGAAGCAUUUGUUGCAGCACAGAUAGUCAAUGAAACAUCUCAACGAGCUACCGAGCUUGAUGCUGACGCUACUUACUUACUUGAAGUGCUUCAGAACGCGACGGUAACCUUGAUGGAAGCCACAGAGUACAGCGCCGGAAAUGAGAAAGUGGUACCUACACCGGUGACGUGUAUGGGUGAUGGCGGAUGGCAUAUGCCUGGCAACCCAACAUGCGUGGACAUUGAUGCCCCCGUCCUCAAAUGUAUUCCUGCCUAUACGCAGAUCCUUGAUACUGGCCUCACGUCCAGUGAGAUUACGUGGAUCGUACCGGAAGUCGAAGAUAACGGGGACGACACCCAGGUGCUUCAGAUGUCGGGGACAAGUCCCGGGUCCCUGCUAGCCCUUGGGAGUCACGUGGUCACAUACCAGGCGGUGGACAGCGGUGGAAACACGUCACCCAUCUGCACAGUCGCCGUUAACGUAAUGGUGUUGCAAUGCGAAGAUAUUGGUCAUCUGAUAAAAGAUGGUCAUGUACUUCACGAAUGCGACACGUUUGAGAUUGGCGGUAGAUGUGAGUUAUCAUGUGACAAUAAUUAUGUUUUGUCUGGCCCGGAAGUUGUCACGUGUGAAUGGACCGAAGCAUCGCAGACGGCGGAGUGGGACUUACAAGACACAGCAUGUAUAGUUGAACAGUGUGCACCCCCGUCCCCACCCGCUAACGGUAAUAUUGAAUGUACGUAUGGACGAACGAUCGCCAAUGACACUUCAGACAACGUGACGGACGCUAAUGUGACAUCAGCGGGUAACGUAACCCUGGACGGACUGACGUGCGUGUACACGUGCGAUGAAGGAUACGUGCUGCCGUACCGGACACCCGCUACCGUCACGUGCGAUGAAGAGGGCGUUUGGAGCCUUGAGGAUUUUCCGGACUCUUGCAUUGAGACUGGAGAAGAAAAGAUCUCAACAUUCACGUUUCUAAUGAACGUCAACACCGCAUCAUGCACUUCCGAUGAUCUGAAUGUUACGAUGACACAGUGGUCUGAAGUAUUGACGGCGGAAAUGACGUCAUUAUACGCCUGCAUGUCGGGUUUCACUUGCGGCUUGGGUGACAUAGCGUCAGGGUGUGCAGACGACAGUGUAGUGAUACAGUUCACCAUACAAAUAGGCUGUGAGAUAGCCUUUCCAACUAAUCUCCCAUGGGAAACUACCUGUGAUCUAAAUGAAGACGUCACUGCGUUAUUAAUGACGUCACUAGUACAGAUUGUGGACGACAUUGGCUUAUUCGGUGGAGCGGAAAACGUCAUGUUCGUUCAGAACGAAACCGCGCUUGCCUUCUGCUAUCCUGGAAGCAUUUUGAUUGGGUCGUACUGUUCAAAGUGUGAGCCGGGGAGGUUCUAUUCUCCGUACUGGGACGCUUGCCGGGUUUGUGAGCCGGGGUCGUACGCUAACGUGGCCGGUCGUACGUUCUGCACGAACUGCCCAGGCCAGUCGACGCUCUACAACGCCAGCACGAGCAAAAAACAGUGCACAGAUGUCUGCCCUGCGGGGGAGUACUCGCAGACAGGGUUAGUUCCCUGUUCCCCGUGUCCAGCUGGCACCUACCAGGCCGGGAGCCGGUCAGACACGUGUAGCCAUUGUCCAGUCGCCACGUGGACAAUCGGCACCGCUAGCCAGAAUCAGGACGAAUGUAUAGAAUAUGACAUCUAUUUCGAUGGCGACGCGCAAGACAUUCCGCUGCCGUCAGUGUCUGGUGACGUCAGCUUUGCAUUCUGGUUUAGGAGUUUCUACGUUCCCAUGGUGACGGUUUCUGUGGGUUUCAACAACGGAGCUUCGGCGUUCACGGUCAAAGCAACUUCUUCACUUGAAAUGGAAAUCUUAAACAAGAUUGUACAGACGUCUGACGUCAUGGUAGAGAUGGGCCAGUGGAUGAUGAUCGGCGUUACGUUCAGCGCUUCGUACGUCACGUUGUACGUUGACGGAGAAAGUAUCAUUCAGACGUCAGCUAACCUGGACGACAUCGAGGCAUACAGCAUCAGACUGGCAGUUGGAAACACGACUUAUAUAUCUGGUCUAAGUUUAUCCAACCAAACCGCGUCUUCUGGUGACAUGGAGGACGUUUGGAGUGUAUGUGGGCGACAACUUCCGGCUGCUGUGUACACACUGGAUGACCUGGCCGCCCUUCGACUCAUUGGAAUGAACUAUGUCUAUUCUACAUGCAGACCCACCAACGAAUCCCUGGACGCGGACCACUGCGGUCUCCAUGAAUGCCAACAUGGCGGCGUGUGUGUACCGCAUGUAACUGACGCCGGGCACACGUGCAAUUGCCUUCAACCCUGGGGCGGACCCUUUUGUGGGGAACUGUUAGUGUCUGGUGGCUGGGGCGAAUGGGUGUGGGCGAGCAGCUGUUCCGCCUCAUGCGGCCCCGGUACUAGGCUUAGGUACCGCCUGUGUGACAGCCCGCCUCACAGCGAGCACGGCGCGGACUGCCCGGGAACCAGCACGGAGGUCAUGGACUGCGUCCUGCAGGAGUGUCAAGAGUGUGAGGACAUUUCCGGUGACGGUGUGGUUACCUGUACCCUUGAUGACGAUGAAUGCACGCCCGCCUGUCCCCCGGGAUACGUGCUUCCCCGAGGUCAGGCCAACCAGCAUUUUCAGUGCGGAUACUCUACCGACUUCCGGUGGGCGCCGCUUCACAGGCUUCCAAUAUGCACGGAAAGUAUAAAGCCCACAUCUUACACCGUAACGUUUAACUUCGCCUUCACCGACCCAGUCCCAUGUGAGGCAGUAUCUAUGGUAACAAGCGCAUACCAGCAGGUGGUGGCCACCCUCCGCUGUCCGGCAGAACUAGAUGACUGCUCGGCGUCUGCGGAAAUUACCGGAUGUGUGGACGGCAGACGAAAAAGGGACACAAGAGAAUCCCAACUUGAAGUUGUACUGAUGGCCCUACUGAAAAAUGAAACUAUUGAUCUCAUAGAAUACUAUUCAACAAAUAACAUGACGCCGAGUAUCGAGGAUGCGGUGGUGGCCCUCUCUGUCCUGGAGCAGACGGUAAAUGACGUCCAGGCUGACCCUGCCCUUUUCACCGUUAUCGUGGAUGACGUCAACUACACCGUCGUCAUGGAUACGAUGCAGUUGGUACCUGGCACACAUUGCGGUGACGGACAGGUUCCCGUCGAGGCCGUCUGUGCGCGCUGCCAAAUGGGAACGUACCUGCUGGAGGGCCGGUGCGUGUACUGCCCGCGGGGGACGUACCAGGACCUGGCUGGGCAGUCUGCCUGCAUCCCCUGCCCCACGGGCCAGGACACAGACUUUCUUGGCGCCAGGGAUUCCACAGAGUGUAUAGUGCCGCCCGUGGCCCCUCCGCCACCUGACUACACAAUGCUGAUCGUGGUGGCGUCUGUGGCGGGCGGCUGUUUCUUGCUGCUUCUUGUCGCGCUUGUGUUCGCAUGCAGACGAGCCUACAUCGGAGCUUGGACGCGCGCCCUGUACAACUUGAACGCCGACCGGUUAUCACUGUACACAGACAACCAAGACAUGCCAUUCAACGUCUACUUCAAGCGCCGAAAGAUCGGGGGCUUCGACAGGGAUGGUCACCCAACGCUCGCUCCCCGCGGCAUCCGUAGACAUGAUGGCCAUCCGGCGCUCGCAACUACCGGCGACUGCAAACUUGGCUCCCACACGAAUUUUCCUAACAAUACUCUCAAACAUGGCAGCCGCCGCGGCAGAGACAAAAGCGAUACAUCAAGCAGUGAUAGUUCUAGUUCUGACUCGGAUGAUAGUUCUGUUGGUAACGUCAAUACCGACAGGGAUGCGAAACCGUUUGUACAAAAAUUCCCAGUGCUCGACAGAACGACUCCUUUUUCGUACGACCCCUGUAUUGAGCAAUGGAAUGAUUCGAAUGUGAACCCUUACAGCUACCCAGAAUUAGAUCGUAUUGACUUACCCAGAAUCGGACUUCCGAGCAGGUAUCGUAUCCCGGGGAAGAAACAUUUUCAAAACAUCUACCCAGUAGAACAGUUUGGAUUGGGACCAGAUUCAAAGACGAGAACACAACUCGUUGUGCACGUGCCUGUCGUUGCAAAGAAACCAGUUUCACAGUUAAUGCACAGGCCGCAAGAAAAGCCAUCCUACGAACAGAUAUAUGGAGUAAAGAUUCAAGAUGAACACUCCAAUGAACAAGGAAUUGAAAUAAAUCCGACGAGAAUUCUUCAACAACUGGCAAAUCCACCACCUUUACCUACGAAGAAAAACGGGAAACCACGGAGCAUGAAAACUAAGAAGCCUGCAUCCGUGGCUCAGCGGUCAAACACAUUUUCCCGGCCAUCCCCGAACACUGUGUACGGGGUACAGGACAAGCGCCUCUCUUGGAUCCGCCAGAAGCUGCUUCCGCCCGUCAGGAAGACGGCUGAAUUUACCCCCAGGACACCAGGGCGGAUGGCCGCCGAUGAACCGACACCGAGAACUGCACGGGAUGUAGACUUGAACAUUCAUGAUUUACAGAACGGCAACAUUCAGAACGGUGGUCCGACGAUUGUGACGAUCCAAAGAGAUUUUACCCAGACUCCUAAAUCUCUCUUAAGGAUGUUGUCCGGUAAAAGUGAAUCCUUCAGUGGUCGGAAGUCAGUCACGAUCCUUGAUGACCAGGUCUCUAUUCUUUCCCAUAGGCAUUCCAUGAAAACACCGGGGUUUUACCCGAAUGGUUCCAUGAAUGGACACAUCCCUACGCGAGAACAUCAGGACAUGUUGAGGCCGUCCUCGCGCCCGUCGUUUUUGCCGGACAUUCACGAACGGGAGCAGCUCAGGUUGCCCGAUCACAGGUCGAUAACUCCCGUAGAGCAUCCUAAGCCAGUCCUACACUCGGGUGUUUCCGUAAAAAGGACCAGCAGCUUUUUGCCGAAUCUGAACGGGGGCGAUGAAGAAUAUUGAGAAAUGACGAUGACUUAUUAUGAACGACAAACCAUUGGUUUCGAAACAAAAUUUGUCUUAAGAUUUGUUUCCCUUCAAUUGGUAUAUUGCUACGUUUUGGUUUUUGCUAACACAUGUAUGACUUAAUAUCAUACUAGAUGAAACGACAUCAUAAUUUUAUGUUAUCAACAACAUUCAUUUUGGCAACACCAGUUGUGCUUUUGUAAGGUCAUUUACUUUUAAACAGUGCUACAGCUGUAAACUUGUGCGUUCAAAAAUGUUUUGCGGUACCUUGUUUUGCUACAUUUCGCUGACAUUGAAGAGGAAACAUGACAGGUUAAAAGGAAACUGUUAAUGAGGAAAAUAUCACAACUGUUAUCCGCAAAUAUGAUAAUACAUGCCAUCAACAUA